UCCAGCCAACCUUCUUCGUCCCCACUUCAUUUCCUUCCCUUCACAACAACAACAUCAACAUUGGGGCAAUGACGAUAAGUUAAGUUGGGUCCGUCAGAGAGAGAGAGAGGGGCUUAUCCAGGAGAGAAGGAGGGGGUCACAGCUUUCCCCAUGGGUUACAACCAAAUGGACACGGACAGUGCUUUCUCCUCUCUCGACCCGCUGUCCUCCCCUCUCCCACUCGCCCUCGUCCCCACCUUCUCAUCCACACCCAAUGACGUCUCAGUCGUCGUCGCCAAAACUCAAGCCAUCAGCAGUAGCAAGGAGACUCCUCCUUCCCAUCUCUCACUCCUGUCCCUGGACGCCGUCGCGUUGGACAAGAUCUUGUCAUUCUUAUCGGACCAAGAUUUGAUAAACUUUCACCAGGUUAGUCAUGCCUGUUCAGCAGCGCUGGUGAACAGACCUCUUAUCAAUAAGCGCCGACUAGAUUUGGUGCGAAAGAUCCGAGAGAAUAAGGAAAAUAUUGCGAGGAGAAUCAAGGAGGAUAAUCCGACAAAUGACGUAAGUCGAAUCAACAGAUCUGGCCAUAAAUCAGGGACGUUGUUGCUGGUAGAUUGCAAAAAUGUCCUCCAGAGCACCCCCGAAACACCAAGGGUUGACAACAAAUCUGGCAGCUUUCUAACCCCAAUCUCUCAUUUUUCAUUCCAGAGUUUCGAAGAAUCGGAUAAAAGUUUACAAAGUGGGCAAGAAUGUGGAGGACCGUCGCCCCCGACACCAAUCUUGAAAGGAUCAUUAAAGAAAACGACAGCCACAAGAUGCAGACUCACGUCUCGAAUGGGGGAAGAGGACGACUCAACUCCUACUUCGCCACUCAAACUAGAAGUCAAGGGAGACCUGGACGUGAUUAUCUCUAAAAAAUUAAAACCUCAAACUCAAAUUGUUUCAGCAACACCACCACUACAGCCUUGUUCAACUGAUGUCCCAUCAACUCGUGCUUUGGGGGAAAGAAUGUCAACAUUUCUGGUGAUUUCUGAUACUUCGACGCAAAGUUGUCACAUAAUUGACUCUGAGUCAUUCGAAAGUUAUAGCGAAAGUGAUGAGAAUAAUAAUAAUUAUAGUACUAGUUAUUCCGGAAACAUUAGUGAUCUUUCAAAGAAAGAUGGUGAAAAGAAGGGCAAAGGGAAAGGGAAAGUAAAGAAGGGAUCCAAAGACAAAGUCACUAGUUCAAAGAAAUUUUUGCGUAGAAUUGCCAAAUUAUGAUUUGUGGCUUGUUGUAUAUCGUAAUUUUUUUAGCUGGUUGUGCAAAGUUUUUGCAUGGCAAACCUUAUAUACAUUUCUACUACAAUGCUUUUAAUACUAGAAUAUUUACUACUAGGCAUAGUGCUAUUGAAUGAGAUGUAAUCAGAGCAUGUAAAAUUCAGUUUCCAGUUUAUUCGUAUCGCCGUACUUUUGCUUGUUAAUUGUAGUAGUUUUCUCCAAAAAAAAUAUUGUGAAUGAAACCUAUAGUGUUGCUCAUAUAUUCUUAUUAUUUACUUGUUACUCGUUGAACUUAUGCUUUUUUAAAUGUUGGUAGUAGUGCAAAGUAGAUUAUAGAACGAAUGUAUGAGGUGAAGGAUUAAAAAUCGAGAGGAGUCAAAAAGUCACCAUUACAAGUAUUUGGCAAAGAGACCGAUUAGUGUCUUCCAUUACUUGUGGUAAGUGAUAAUAUUUGCCAGUUGAAAGACACCGACGAUGACGAUGAAUGAAUCCUAUUUAAUACUUUUACAUAUAUAUAACCUCCUCUUGAUUCAUUCCAAUAUGUGGCCUUUCAAUGUUCGAUUAAGCAUUCCAAAAUUAUUUUACAGAACUUAUACCAUUCUACACCAUCAUUCAUCGUCCUUAUGUAAUUCUGCAUGUGACAAAUAAUUGGUUUAUUUUAUUAGCAUUUAAGAUUAUUAGUAAGUUUUCCACUUGACUGACUGACAGAUAGGUAGAUUUUUUGCUUACUUGGAAAGAAGAACGAACAUCACUUUGUUCAUAUCAACGGGUUUAUUUUCUAUGUUGAUUUUUAAUCAUUGUAGUAAGUUUUGCAAGUUUUUUUACUGCCUUCCUCCUACCUCACUCUGUGUUUUUAGCACAAAGCUCUGCAAGCAGCAUUUAUUUGUACAAUAUGAAACAGUUCAAUGAUCAACGUUUACGCUUAAUAUUUACUGAAAAAUAGAACUUAUGACGCUUAGAAAAGUUCAAUACUUAAUAAUAAAUAAUCUAUUAUUAUUAUUAUUACCUAACAUAGCCUUUAAUGGAACAGCGAGUUCUCUCAUCUACAUUGUACGCUUACAAGACGCUUAUUGAUAAAUAUAUAUAAAAUCAUGUGCCUUUCCCAAGAAUUCAUGUUAAUUCAUCAUGAUAAGAGUUAUCCUAACAGUAAUAAUAACUAAUACUACUGUUAGGAAUGAUUGGAGAUGUGGUUUCCUUCCAUUGUACAAAUAUUAGGUUACAAAACAUCAAUCUUUAAUUUUCGUAAUGUUUCAUUCAUUGUCGGUUGGUUUGUGAGUUUAUGUUCCAGGUGGAUUGUCCGAUAACAACAAGAUGACCCAUGUGUGGUAUUUAUAUUUAAAUAAACUGACGAACUGACCUUA